GAUACAAAUUGGGUUCAAGAACAUAGACAAUCUAUUAUCAAAUGCCUUUCACGACAAUGAACAACCAAAAUGUUUUGUGAAAAAAUUUCGUAAAUCUAAACAGCAGUUUCGUCCUUGACUCUGGACAAACGCCACAUCUGCAAUUUUUCGUCAGCUCCGAAACUUCAGAAGAAACUACUGUUUCUGUUCACCAGUUUUCGACAAAGACUUCACAUCUGACUGUCUUUGUCAUUUGACGGGCAUUGUUUAAUACAUUUAGUAUGUUCUUGAAUUCGUCGUGCGUUGCGGUGUGAUAUUACGAUAGUAACCAAUACGAACUUUAAACUUAAAAUGCGAGAUCGGUAAGAACCGUCAUCGGAACCUUCUUAAUGUUCAUUCAGUAGGCUCGCACCCAACAUGUUCUUGUUCUUGGAGGAAUAUCGGAUGAAGUCCUGUCAUCCUCAGAAAUGGCGGAAAUCCACACUAAAAUCGUCGACCAAACAAUACGGUCCUUCAAUGCCAAAGGGCAGAAAGCAGACAUACCGAGGAUCCUUGGUUCACCUGAAGAAGCUUUAAAUGCUGUUAAUGAGUUCCUUCGAUUGAACUCGCUAGAGGAGACUCAAAAGAAGUUUGAUGAUCUUGACUUUACAAGUCCAGAUGUCUUGUUGGAUAUAAAGAAAAUCAAUGUUAAUCUGAGCAUUACUGCCCUUGAGAAUGUUGGGUUACAUCACGUGACAUCGAUGUUUGGAGUUGAUAAAAUUCCCAUCCUUCUGAUGGCUGUCAGUUCAGCAUAUGGUGAUUGCCCACAGUUGAAGGAAGCUAUGAUGGCAGUCGGAAUCGAUCCAACUCCAAAUAUAGCUCCUCCGCACGUAAUGACGGUAGGUGAUGCGAUCCCUGAUCUUCAACUGGUAUCCUUGUCUGGGAAAGCCAUGACGCUUUCUGAUCUUCAUAUAAACAAGGAUAGACCGAUGAUGAUCCUGGCUUCAUCAGCCUCCUGACCCCCGCUAAGGGCCUGUGUAGUAGGUGGUACGCUCGCUCGAAUUGUUCGCGACUACCGAGGCCAGGUCGAUUUCUUAGCCGUCUAUCUCGCAGAAGCUCACCCGAAAGAUGGUUGGACCAGGGGAACUAAGUUAAGUCCGAGAGAUCAACACAAAUCACUUCAGGAGAGAAUCGCCGAAGCAAAAAAUCUUCUUCAGCUAGAUACUGAGACACAUGAUUGUAUGACCGAUGACGUCACAGAUGUUUCAAAAUGUCGCAUCGUCGCGGAUCAGAUGGACAACCUCUUCUCCAGAAUGUUUCUAGCGCAACCAGAUCGUGUGAUUUGCAUAAGAGAUGGAAAGGUUGUCUACAUGGGGACGAAUAUCAUGGAACAGGUGAAGAACCCUACUCGAUUAAUGACGCAUGAAGCACGUGAUUGGUUAGAAGAAAACGUCGAUCCAGUGGAAAAGAAAUAAAAGUUGUUUUGACAGUUAGCUCCAAGAAAGGAAUAUACUUAAUUAUAUCGUAUCCGGACCCCCACAUAUGAAUCGGUGUGAUAAGAAUCAUGCGUUAUAUCACAUGUUUCAUUUAUGUUAAAAAAGAACUUAAAGCGGUUCGUCAGGCUGAGAAUAAGUAGGUCUCAAUAAAAUAAGUAUAAUUUAACAAGCUCAACGCUAACAAUUCUACAAAAAUGUGAUGCUAUUUGGAUUUGAAGUUUAGUAAUGCAUGAUCAGUAUCAUGGACACGCUAAAUGAUAAAAAACAUGAACGAUUAAGUAAAUUAUGAUUCAUAAAACUCGAUUUCACUACACAUAAACUGUAUUUUGUGAUAAAAAAAAAAGUAAACUCAGGUAUGUUGGUGGAAUGCUAAUAGUUCAUACGUCUAAAUUAAUUUAGAUUAAUUGAUAUGAAGAUUUUAUUACUAUGGGCUUUAUCUAGUAGCCCCGUACAUUUGUAUUAUACACGUAAAUAUUGUUAAUAACGGUGCAAAGUAGGCGUAGAUAUUCACUCUCGAAACACACGAUUUAAAUGUCUAAAUUAACAAUGUUGUGUCCCUGUCAAGUCGUCCCUGAUGGCUUCCAGAUGGCUUAAUUGUGAUAGAAACUGAGGAAUAAAAUCAUGCUGUUUUCCAAUAUAUAUGUACAAUCUGCACAAGUAUGAUAUGCUUUGGUAGCAGUUCCUUUUGAAAACAAUUUCUGAUCCUUUAAAAAGAAGUAGAAAAGCAAUAUACAUAUUUUUUUAAGUAUGAAUAAAAUGAAUAUUGUGAAUAUUACCAAAUCCUGAGAAAGAUUUUAUGAGGUUAGCAAUAAUACACGAUAACACUCUUCAUUAUGAAUUGCCUUUUAUAACACAAUUAGCAUUUAUCUUGUGGUAAUCAAUAGUAGGCUGAAUUGAUAUGUCAAGAAGGUAUUGUUUCAUAGUACAUGGCGAAACAAAGCAAAUGAAGUAUCCACAGCAAAGAUUAAUCUGUGGGAACGGAUGAAGGAGUUUGUUUCGUUCAUGCUCACUAUGAAAUUAUUUCCUUUUUAUAAAAUACGUUUCUGACCCACUCGAGUUUUGAUUAAAAAUGAUUUUGUAAACCAAAUGCC